AUGCACCACCUGAACACAAACCCCGACUACCAACCCAAGUUUACGUUUUUAUAUAACAGUCUUCCAGACCGUGUGAGAGAGCAUUUGGUUUCAGUGCGCGGCACUCCUCCUCUUCCUCUAAAAGUCCCCAAACCUUUCCAGCUUAGCAAUUCUGCCACUAAGCAUACCCAUCUCCAACACCCCACAAGCUUUAUGCCAUACAAAUGGCAUAUGUUAAUGGCUUCAGACGAUGAAAAUUUCGUGGACGCUACUAUUUGGAAUAGUGGCUUGAAUGUCCCGCGCAUAGAAAUUUUGGCAGACGAAAUCGCUGGAUUUGUGUCAGCCCGCCGGCCCGCUAAGAGGAAGCGUGACAAAAUGGAUAUCCAAGACAAUCUCCAGGAUCCCUCACAGACCUCCACGAAAGAAAACCACGAUGAUAACGCCAAGUUUUCAAGGGACUGGAAGCCACCACAGGGGAUCAUCACAGACAAGGACCUCGAAGAGAUUUAUGCAAGCCUUGGUUCAAGCAAUACGAAGAUUAAGGAACUGAGAAAACGCAAGGCAGUGCGCGAGAUCGCUUUACGGAAAAGCGUUGACACAAUAGACCUUACCGAAAAGCACCAGCUCCGAGCAGCUUAUCUUCAGCUUACGGGUCAACAAGCUCAGAAUCCCUGUAAGGAAUGCAAAGCUGGCAAAGGGCGCUUCGAGUUGGCCGAAAUCAAGAACCUGACACACCCCUCGGCCCUCCACCCGCAACAACAGAGACAACAACGACAGCAGCAGCAGCAGCAGCAGCAGCAGCAGCAGCAGCAGCAGCAGCAACACCAAGGCAAGAACUACCAUCAGAUGUUCACGAAGCACAACUCCCUGCUGCCGCCGAGAGACACCCGCCCCGAAAGACAGGAGGAAACCGAUGACACCACGGGCCUACAGGGUACCAAAACCCAAGACAGGUACGAACACACUGCAUACGAUGAAAGGGACAGAACCGAGUCCAGAGCAAGGGAGACGGAUACCGGCAGAGAUAGGUACAGGGAGAGGGAGAGGGGGAGGACGCGAAUCGCCAACGACCGCUCUUACCCUAUCGGUAGUCCUAGCCCCGGCCCUCCCAAUUCUAUCCUUGCCUGCCUUCCCCCCAACACUCCAGUGGAGAUCAUGCGUUGCCUAGUGCAACAUCACCAAAAUCAAGCGGAUGAACUGCGGCUUGAGCAUAUGCGCCUUUCAAGGAACAGGUCGGCGAUGGCAUUGUGGCAAGGUGAAGAGCGACAGGACACUGGCAAGGACAAAGAUACAAGAGCGUUUGGCAGGGCUGCCGUUAGUGAAGAUGAUGCGGGCCCUUCUUCCAUUCUCGCAUGUCUCGGAGAUUCUCCUAUGGAGACGCUGCGGCGCCUAGGACUGCAUUAUCAGGUUCAGGCGGAUGAGUUGAGGCUGGAGUGCAUGAGGAUUGAUCGGGAGGAGAGAACGAGGAGACAAAAGGAGCGCGAGAGGGAGUGGGAGCGGGAAAGAGGAGGAAGAGAAGAUGGCGGCUGGACUGACAAGUAA